AUGGAGAUGCGGACAGGCAGGAGCGCUGCAGCCCCAUACCGGCGCACAGCAACGGGAGGGUGGAGGUUGCCCAUGCACUGGGUUAACCCCAGCGCCGGGCAGCGGGCGCUGCUGCCCAGGCAGGGGGGGCCGGUUCCACCCAAGCACCCGCUGGGGCGCGCUACGUUCGGCCUCCCACCCCGGGCGGAGGCCGGGCCGGGGAGCGCUCAGCCCGGGGCAGGAACCAGCGGGCAGGGCCGCGGGCAGGCGCACCGCCCGCAGUGGGCAGGAAGCGGCGCCGGGCCGCGCCAGCGCUUCCGGGGCGGCAGCGGGGCCCGGGCCGCUGCUCGGUACGCGCGGCGGCAGCCGGCUCCGCCCGGCGUGGGUCGGGCAGGGACGUCCUGUAUGGAUGACAGGAAGGAUGAGAAAAGUAGAACGCGCUGUGCAACUUCAGAAGAAGGGCUGAAAGGCCGAGGAAAAGAAAAAAGGAAACGAAAACGCAGUAGAAGCAGAUCAUCGUCCAUUUCAUCCACGUCGUCUUCUAGCACUACAUCCACUUCUUCCUCCUCAUCACGCUCAUCAUCGAGGUCAUCUUCUUCAAGCAGCAGAGAUUCUCCUAAGUCUAAAUCAAAGAAAAAGAAAAAAGAAAAACACAACAAAAAGGUAAUUAAACAUUGACAGAGAGAAGUCGUUAACAAACAGAAAAUAGUUCCUUUUUUGAUAACCAGUGGCUGUGUAAAUCUGAGUCAUCCUUUUAGGGUUACAGGAGGUGAACUGAUAGGUUGGCAUAUACUUGACUGUGUACUGAGGGAGAACUAAUUUAAAGGUUCCUUUUGCCAAUCAUUGCUGGUCCAGCUAGAGUUUAGAGUGGUCUCUGAAGAAAAGAGGAGUGGGGAAUCUUGAUAACAUUACAGAAUUGUCAGAAGAAACAAUUUAUAGUCAAUGAGAGAGUAGUAGAUUCUUGCUGUUGUGAUUUUUCAUUUUAUUAGGGCUUUCUGUUCAGUGAUUUUGUGUCUUUGGGUUACAUCGAAAGAGAGAGAACGUGGGAUCAGACUCUCAAGAUCCUGAUGGUUGCUAACACCGUUGCAUUACUUUCUGUGUACUUCAGCUAGUAGCUAUUCAGCAGUGGAAAGGGCAAGCAGUAGUGGCUGUCUUCACUACCUGGGGUGUUGAGAGCUACUUGUAGAUACUGUUUUUUAUUGCCCUUGUAAGUCUGUAAGCAUAAGAGUGUAUGUCUCAUACUUGUAGAAAAGGAAAAAAGAUAGCAAAAUGAAGAAAAAGAAAGAAAAGAAGAAGAAGAAAGAGAAAACAGGACCUGUCCAGCUUUCCAAGUUCUUUAAAAACAAAAAGAAGAAUGAAAACUACAGCAUGAUAACUGGAAAGAAAAUUAAGAUGAGAAUAAAGAAGACUAAGAAGGAUCUAGAGAGGGACCGGAACCGUGCACAACUCCUUGAAUUCCUGAACUCUGCCUUGUAAUGGGAAGAGUGCUGAGCCAGGACUUGUAACUCUACCAAGCCAACGAUCUUCAUGCCUAGCAAAACACUAAAGGGAAACUCAGGGAAAAGGACACCAAGUUUGAGAAGACAAUCGGGAUGUUCUUUUUUUAAUGGCAAAAUGAAGAGUAACUGAUAACUUGUUAAUGAAGAUCCGUGUCCUCCUUUUGAGAUCCUAAGGUAAUAGCCAGGCUGUGGUGUUUUUGGAAGAGCCUGAGAGUGUGUCGUUGAUGAUAAAUGACGCACUGAAAUCUAGUAAUGUAAUUUCUAUCCUAACUGCAUGCACAAUGUACUCUUAAUUUCUAGUAUCUUCAUGUUUCUAGUAGUUUAAGCAAAGCAGAGUAUUAGUAAAUGUCUGUUUGAAAGAUGAGGCAUUUCUGUAUGUUUAUUUUUUCCAGUAGUGCUUUUACUUGUCCUAAAGAGCAGAUUGACCUUUGUAAAUAGAACAUGUUUUUACAUAAAUGAUUUUUUGAUGGUUCAUUCACUGAUAGAUUAUUUUCUUUUAGGGUUUGAGAUAUGAUCUUUCUCUGGACAGUUUAUUGCUCUCUGUCACUAGAAAGUGUAACAGUAAAAUACUCUAGAGCAAUAAUGGUAGCUGAAUGAUUUUUACUGUAAAAUGGAAGCAGGGAAGGCCCUGAUUUUGUCUAUCCGGAUCAGCUGUUCAAAGGCAGCUCGCAAUAGAUAGUUUACCCCCCACAUCUGGAGUUGCAUUUCCUAGACUUAAAAACUCUGGAAUUCUGGCCUUCCUUUCUGAUCCCGUGAGCUGUGCAUCACCUCUUCCUCCAUCUGAAGUGCAGCAAGACACACAUCCCUAUGUCUUAGCCUAACGGGAAGAGAAAGAGCUGUAGGAAUGACGCCAAGGUGGGCAGUGACAGUGACCCUCCAGGUAUGUUGACUUGCCACUGGGAGAUAAGCCAGGUCUGGAUAUGCAGCUGGACCCCAGCAUAACUUGUGUGUGUGUGUGGUAGUUUGCUCAGUGCUUGCUCACUUCCAGACUCUUGACUUUUGAUCACCCAGCAGGCCCCUGUGUAUAUAACCCUGAUGCAGGAAUUCUACUUGAAUCCCUUGGGUAGCAAGUGCUCCUCGGGAACCACAGUUUAGCCUGAUAAAAGGAGCUGGGGCGGUUGACUUCGGCAGGAAUAUCAGGUAUACAGUGGUCCGAGUGUGGGAGUUCAUCAAAGAGCAAACCAAUGGAAAA